AUGUUGCAGGCAAAUGGCCAGGCACAAACUAGUGCAGCACCACAGACAGCGACAUUGAACACUACUGCCUCACAACCUGGAGUCAAAGCUCUCAAGUUAGUGAAUGGAUCCAACCUCUGUUCUGGAAGAGUGGAGGUUCUCCACAAUGGAAUAUGGGGAACAGUGUGUGAUGAUCUGUGGGAUUCUACAGACGCAGCAGUGGUGUGUAGAGAACUGGGCUGUGGGAGUGUUAUUGAAGCAAAGAGUGAUGCUUAUUUUGGACAAGGUUCUGGACAAAUAUGGUUGGAUGAUGUCCAGUGCCGUGGAAAUGAAUCUACACUGAAAAACUGUUCAUCAAGUGGAUGGGGAUCACAUAACUGUGGGCACAAUGAAGAUGCUGGAGUCAUCUGCCAAGGCCAGGCACAAACUAGUGCAGCACCACAGACAGCAACAUUGAACACUACUGCCUCACAACCUGGAGUCAAAGCUGUCAAGUUGGUGAAUGGAUCCAACCUCUGUUCUGGAAGAGUGGAGGUUCUCCACAAUGGAAUAUGGGGAACAGUGUGUGAUGAUCUGUGGGAUUCUACAGACGCGGCAGUGGUGUGUAGAGAACUGGGCUGUGGGAGUGUUAUUGAAGCAAAGAGUGAUGCUUAUUUUGGACAAGGUUCUGGACAAAUAUGGUUGGAUGAUGUCCAGUGCCGUGGAAAUGAAUCUACACUGAAAAACUGUUCAUCAAGUGGAUGGGGAUCACAUAACUGUGGGCACAAUGAAGAUGCUGGAGUCAUCUGCCAAGAUGUGAGUGACCUCUGUUCUGAGCUCAACUGCACUGAGGAUGAAUUGUGUGGAGAGAAAAAUGGUGUUUACGGCUGUUUCUGUAACGAGAGCCAUCGAAGACCCGACCCAGACUCUUUUGAUUUUUCUGAAGUUUGUGAAAGCAGCUCUGGUUCCAUGUCUCUGUCUCGCUGUCUGCUCUUUGAGGCUGGUUUUCCUGCUGACAACUUACACCUCAAUGACCCCAGCUGCAAAGGAACAGUCCGGAAUGGCAGAGUGGAGUUCUAUUUUGACAACAAUGACCAUAUCUGUGGUACAAAUCUUGUGGACAAUGGCACCCACUUCAUCUAUGAGAACUUUAUUUUUGGAGCUCAGGACUUGACCAAAGGUCCCAUCAGCAGGAAGAGAAUUCUGAAGCUGAAUUUCAGCUGUAUAUACCCCCAAACUGAAACACUUUCUUCAAAUAUGGAAAUCAAUCCACUAGAGAGCAUUGUCCACAAGAAGCUUCCUGCUGGUCAAGGGAGAUAUCAGGUCAGGAUGUUUCUGUAUCAGGAUGCUGAGUUCUCCCAGCCCUUCAAUGGAAGUGUGAACGUGGAGAUAAACCAGCAGAUGUUCGUGGAAGUUCGUGUUGAGGGGGUUGAUAGCCGUCAGUUUGCCACAGUAAUUGACAAAUUUUGGGCGACACCUGCGAGUGAUCCUCAUCACUCUGUCCGCUGGGACCUCAUCAGCAGAGAGUGUCCCAAUCCAAAUGACGACACAGUUGAGCUGCUGCAGAAUGGAGUCUCCACAUCCAGCCGUUUUUCCUUCAGGAUGUUUGUCUUCACUGCAAACUCCACUAAGGUUUACCUGCACUGUACUGUUCACCUUUGCCUUCUGAAAGGAAAUCACUGCUCAACUCACUGUGACUCUGAACACCACUGGAGAGAGAGCAGGUCUGUGGAAAUCCAUGACAGUGCGUUCAUCUCCAUGGGUCCCCUGAUGUUGUCUGAAACUAACUAAGUGUUUUUUUUGUUGUUGUUGUUGUUGUUUUUUUUUUAAUAACUCUUAUCUAAUUCAGUUGUGUGAUGUAUUGUUGCAUAUUUGCUAUAUCUCUGUUUUGAAUCUUUUACAUAUCACUGUAUUAUAUUUCUUGUUCAUGGGUAUUUGGGCCCCAGAACAACAGAACAUAUCCACGGCUCCAAGUAUGUGUGGUUCUUUGAUUAUAUUAUUUGUUUCUCAUUUUUUUUCUACAUGCAUGUCAUGUUUAUACAUACAUCUCACUUGAGUAUUGACUCUCUUUCCCUGUACCUGAUACUGAUUGCCUCCACACCUGUUCUCCAUCUACCGGUUUAUUUAAGGCACUCUCUCACACUCAUACUUUGCAAAGUUUUGUCUUUGCCUUGGCUUACAUUACUGAGUGUUCUGUUGUUACGUUUGCCUUGCCUGUGUUCGACCCUGGACUUUUUAUCCUGUUUUGACUCUUUGUUGCCUGCCUAUUGUUCCUGCUUCAUUUACCUGAAUAUAUCCUGUGAUUGCUUGCUGCCUGCCCUGAUCUUGUGCCUGUUUUAUAAAAUCGUCUCUGUUUUGAAUUGGAUAUUACUAUUGCUGAUGAUCGACCCCUGCCUGUCUGCAUUACUGCUUUU